UAUGGAAUGCCGAUACAGAUAGUAAAAAAAACAACUGCGUAGCGUCUGUGGGUUAGUCUGUUGUCGCCGCAAAUGAGUACCACGGGAUUGCAUAGAGUUUUCAUAUUCUGAUGGAAUAACAAUAUGGCAUACAUUGAACCGGGCAAGAUGCCACUCCACCAGGUGAAAGUGGAGCCGGUGGAUGACAGUGGUGAGGACUCUGAACCAGUGUGCGGAGGAAAUGAAAAUGAAGACGAUGAAGAUAUGGCCGUUCCAGACCCCACAUCCAUGCUGUCCGUGCGGUUCGAGGAGGAGGAGCCCUCUAACUUGAAGAUCUCCAUUGAUCCUGCUCCAACUCCUCCAGUUCUGGACAAGGAUCAUUACCAAGAUGAUGAACGACAACUUUUGAGCCAAACCUCAGUAGAUGCAGUGGACCUGCCACCUACAGCAGCUGAAACACAGACACAGAAACCAGCUCUAUAUCUGUGUGACAAAUGUCCAAACGCAUUUAAAACUGAAACAGAGUUCAUGGCACAUGUGGAAUCUCACAAGGUUCGAAAAGCUCAUCCGUGUGAUAAGUGUGAGAAGUCUUUUAACCGGAAGUCGGAACUCAAUGUGCACUCUCGAACGCACAGCGAAGUGAAGCCGUUCGCCUGCCACUUGUGCGAGAAGACAUUUGCACAGAAGAACAACCUGAUGCGUCACCUGCGAACGCACUCUGGCGAGAAGCCCUUCCCGUGUUCUCUGUGCAGCCGAACUUUCGCUCAGAAGGAGUUACUCACGGCCCACAUCCGAAUCCACACUGGGGAGAGGCCAUACUCAUGCCUGGUGUGCGGCCAGGCAUUCAACCAGCGGCACACCCUGACCCGCCACGUCAGGAAGCAUGCCAACAGGGACACGGCCAAAGCAUUCUCUUGUUCGCUGUGCGGCAAAACAUUCCCCAGACAGGUUAACCUGGGCAUCCACAUGCGGACACAUACCGGUGAGAGGCCAUUUGAAUGUGAAUUGUGCGGCAAACGGUUUUCACAGUCGGGACACCUGGCACGGCACAAGUUGACACACACUGGCAAAACGCCCUACCCCUGUCGAAUUUGUGGGAAAGGAUUCUCACAGAAGAAGCGCCUUGUCGACCACGCUCGCACGCACACGGGCGAGCGACCUUUCGGGUGCCACUACUGUCCGAAAAGUUUCACUCAUGCCGAGUACUUGAAGUCACACCUCCACACGCACCGUGAAGAGAAAUAUGUGUGCCCUGUAUGCAGAGAAAUGUUUUCGCGCAAGUACAGGCUGAGGGAGCAUAUGCGCAUUCAUUCGAGUGAAUGGCCAUUACAGUGUGCGCACUGUAAAGCGUGCUUUGUCUCGAAGGAAGAUAUUGCCGAUCAUAUACACUCUCGACACCUUUCAGAUAUAAUGGGUGACGGUUACUUUCCAGUAGAGAAGAGCCAUACGAGUUCUGACGAACCCGAGUCACAACCUUACUGUAAGACUGAAAAUGAAGACACUAGUGGCAGACGGACAGGGACACCGACUGCUGGCUUUGCUUUACCGUGUGAUGAGGAAAACCUGCAAGAGUCAGACUUUCAACUGGAAAUCACUGAUGAGGUGAUACAAAAACACGAUUCCCCCGAACAUACCGGUGCUAUCUCUGACAGAGUGAGCAUCUUCAUCAAAGAAGAACGCAUCUUUGACGAGGAGGAUUUGGCAUGUUCAGCAGAUAAUAGGGUGUCUACUGCUAUGCCACCACAAAUCUUUUCCAGCAGUGCACCCAUAACAGAACCUACAUUCAUAAUUAAAGAUGAGAAAGACACACCUGUAGAAGAUGCACUGUGUUUGGGAAAUGACACAGAAUUAAACACUUCGGAGCCAUCUAUGGCAUCCGUCGUCAGCACUGAUAUAAAAUUAUGUGCCAUCACCAAAGAAAAUGUUGCCACUACUUUGGGAAAGUAUCCCUAUAUGGGACUAACUAACUCUGAAGGAACCAGCAAUGAAAAAGAAAUAGUCAAUAUCAAAACAGAGGCAACAGCAGAUAAUGAAUAUCACAGGUUUCAGCAGACUGAAGGGAUGCAAGAAUCUAUAGUGAGUGGCAGUGUGAAAACAAGCAACAAAUCAGAUAAAGAUUUGUUCACCAAUCCAGAAUGUCUACAUCUGGAAAGUGAUACUACUUCUAUAGGCCAACUGGGAACACUGGUUUCUGAUCUCAGUGGCAAAAUAAUGACACCUGUCAGCAUCCAAGAAGAGCUGAGCUCGAGAGAAGAAUAUCUGCUGUGUAUGCAAAAUGAUGCAGUUUGUAAAACUGUGCCCAUGCCUCUUGUCCCAGAUGUUAGCAGGAAUAUACACUCAGUCACUAACUUCAGUGAGAGCAUAGCUGCAGAGGUGCAGUGCCCACUCUAUCUGGGAAAAGACACAGAGCACAAAACAUUACCACCACCUAGCAGUUCCAGUGCCAGGGAACAGUUGACGAGCAACGAAGAAGGUCCAUUGUGUUUGAAAAGUAGAACAGUGUCCGAGAACUUGGAUCUAAAUAUUUUUCAAGAAACCAGCAGUGGUACCAAGUGGAGCACAACAACACAAAAUCCGAUCUCUAGCUCUGAGGUUCCACUACGCUCAAGCCACGAUGUCGGGAGUAAAGGUUUGGCAGUGUCUUCUGUUUCUAGUGUCCACAGUGAUAUGGGACUGAGAGUUGACACUGAAGGAUAUUUAGUGCCAAAUUCAAGACAUUCUUCCUAUUUUGUAAACAGUUCAAUUUGCAGAACUGUACCGGCACAUCUUACCUCUAAUUGUAGCCAAAAAAUGAAAAAGAGUGACAUAAUUAAAGAAGACAGACUUACAACUUCAGAUCAUCCACUCUGCCUGGAAAGGGAUGCAGCAUCUGAUGAUUUGCCACCUUCUUGUUUCCCAAAUUUUGUGAACAAAACAAAGGCAAGUAUCAGCAUUAGGAAAGACCUCGUGCCCAAUUUGGAGCCUCCAUUGUGUUUGAAAAGCGAUGUAAGGUGUCAAAGAUUGCAGGACACUUUUGUCUCCGAUGUUAGGAAAAUAACAGAGAGCUUUCCUCUGCCUUUGGCCACUACCCUAACUGUGUCUGCACCAGGUGAUAAAGAAACCUGUAAUAUAUCUGACACACUGGUUCCGUACCAGCAGAUGUUAUACGAUAAACUUAUGUCAUCACCAUCAGUAUUCCAGGAAUAAUAAAUUCAUAGCUGCUGUUGUGUACCUAGAAAACAGUAAAGCUGGGAAUAACAGGAAGCCAGCAAAUACUGCCAACUACAGUAUUAAAAAAUUGUUAAAAACUAAAUCCUGCAAUCAGGCCUCGGAGACAACAUGAUUGUCGACUGACUGUCAUGUCACCCUCAGCUAUUCAUCAUCAGAUGCAGUAUGGAGGGGCAUGGGGUCUUCACUCCACACUCAUGACCUUUGUCAAUGUUUAGAUCUCAGUGCCGCUACCUCACAAUCAGGUAGUACCAGAAAUCGAACCCGGGUCCCCCGCGUGGGGGCAUAUCACCCUGACCUCUCAGCUGCAGCGGUGGACCAACUACAGAUCUGGUCGAUCUGAAAAGAAUUGAGCUGUGCAAUUAUUGAACUCUGUGAGCUGUGGUGAGAAACUGAACCAGACAGAACACAAGUACAUCAACACUAUCAAUUCUGGAGAUGAUGUUAUGCAUUUUUCAUAUGUUGGGAUACUUAUUGAGAAUAAACUAGCAGUAAGAAAUUGGUGACCUGUGUUGGUGGCAUUCCUUAUAAAUGGCAACAACGUUGUAUACUCGUAUAGUUUCUCUACUGUUAAGGAGCUACGUCCAGGAUAGUUCAAAUGUCAUCAGCACAAGUUCCAAAGCAGUGAAUAAUGUAUGUUUGCACUCAACUGGUGCCUUAGAAAGAUACAAAGUUACUCAUUAAUGGUAUAUUUAGUGUCAGCACCAUCUGCAUGGGAGUGCAGCUACUUAUCAAACAUUAGAAAGAUUGUUAUGAAUUGAUGUUUAGGUGCCUUUAAUGUUGUUUUAUUGGAAAGUGAUUCUUCAUCAGGACAUGUCUCACAGUAAUGACUGCUGCAUAGUAUUAAGAAUUUUUUGUGCUAUUUACAUUUUAGAGUAACUUUUUGAUUGAAUCUUAUUUAAUAAGGACAAUGUACAAGAAAAAAUGGUAUCAGUUGAAGGUCAGAAUUGUUUUAAUGUUAUUUAAUGUGGAUGCAUGUUUUGUUAAGAUAUAUUUGGCAAACCAAAUGAGUGUACUGAAAUUCAGUGUAUGUUCCAUUUUUGGUAAUUUUUAGUUUUAUCAAUUUUAUGAAAAUAAUUAAUUUUAUAUAUAAAUGUGUACAAACUGCUAAAAUAUCUUAUUAAUCUGUGUAGAUUCUUUAGUGUUAGUACACACAUUAUGUUUCACAUUGUGCAAGUAAGAUACCUGUCUUUGUUGUGAAGAGAAUGAACAUUGAUCACUUUCCAUGAAAUUGAGUUUUACUGUUAAGAAAUUCCUGUGUAGAUGGACUGUUCUACUGGAAGAAGAAUGAAAAUACAUGAGAGAGAAAGAACAUAAUAUCCGGAAGAGUAAUAAACAAAUUAGCAGUGGGCACACAGCUGAGUGGGAAACACCAGUUGAAAAAGGAGAGCACAGAAUGUGGAUGUAAUUAUUUUCAGUAUAUUAUGUUAUGCAAUAGCUGUUAUCAGUGUCUUUAAUUUGUACUCUAAGCUGGUAACAUUUGGGACUGUAUUUCUACAUCUGUACAAUCACAAUAAUGUUUGUGUUGCUGUUUCAUGUUUCUGUGUCAUUUGAUGAUGAAAAUGUAUAUUUACAAUGAGCCUCGUGGUUAUUUUCGCUGGAACUUUUUCUAAAUAAAGUUCAAAACAG